UUGUUAAGCAUUGAGCAAAAGAUGGUUUCAGAGAUGAAGGUUCAAGUCCUUAACAAGGAAACAAUUAAACCAUCCUCUCCAACUCCUCCCGACCUUAGAAAUCUUCGCCUCUCUUUUUUUGACCAGUUCGAACCUGAAAUUUUUAUCCCACUACUUCUCUUCUAUCGCAACAAACCUUGUGCUGCUGUUGCUGAUGAUCAGGAAAGAUCCAACUUUCUAAAAACAUCAUUAUCUGAAGCCCUCACUCACUUCUACCCCUUUGCAGGAGAAUUUCAAAGAAAUGAUUCAAUCUGCUGCAAUGAUCAUGGGGUUGCAUUUCUUCAAGCCCAAGUCAACUGUUACAUGUCGAUGGUUUUUGACAAGCCAGAUGAUGGGAUCCUAGAACAAUUGGUUCCAACUGAUAAAGAAUCCACACUUUCAAACACAGACUAUCUUCUACUAAUCCAGGCCAACUUCUUUGAAUGUGGUGGAUUGGCGAUUGGGGUCAGCUUUGCCCAUAAGGUUUCCGAUGCCUUUACAAUAUGCAAAUUCAUUGAAAGAUGGGCUGCAAUUGCCCUUGGCUCGGCCAGCACUACUACUGAUCAUCACGCCGUGCUUCCCGGAGAAUUUGGUGUUUCAGCUUCUUUGUUCCCACCCCUGGAUAUCUUCAACUCACCUGACUUUGCAGUGACAUUGUCUACUGAAGGGUCUAUAACAAGGAGAUUUGUCUUCGAUGCCUCAAAGAUUGCUACCCUCAAGUCGAAAGCUGCCAAAACCACUCCCAACCCAACACGCGUUGAAGUAGUGUCAGCGCUCAUUUGGAAAUGUGCAAUGCAAGCAUCAAGAUCAAAAUUGGGUAUUAUAAAGCCAUCCAUGUUGUGUCCGAUUGUGAACAUGCGGAAGAGAUCGAGGCAGGCCUUGGCAGAAAACAUACUGGGGAAUUGUGUGUGGUCCUUUGCAGCAAUGACAGUUGAAAGUGAGAUAGAACAUGAAAGCUUGGUUGCUAAACUCAGGAAAGGCAUUGAGGAACAUACAGAAAAGUAUCCUAAUGGAGUUAGUGGUAACGAUAUAAUCGAUGCAGCCAAAGAGUCUGGCGGCAGUAAACUCCUGGAUAGCGAUGAUUUAGAUAUCUAUACUUGCAGUAGCUGGUGCAGGUUUUCCUUCUACGAAGCAGAUUUCGGAUGGGGGAAGCCGUCAUGGGUGAGCGUUCGUAGUCUAUACAAGAAUACCAUUCUGUUGAUGGAUAUGAGAGAUGGCGAUGGCAUAGAAGCCUCCUUGACUCUCAAAGAAGAUGACAUGGCCCUAUUUGAAAAUAGUGAGGAGCUGCUUGCAUAUGCUUCUCCGAAUCCAACUGUCAUUUCAAAAAGAAUUGCAAGAGGUCAUUGUCAUGAAAUUAAAGUUUGGACAGCGGAGCAAAAGAUGGGUUGAAGUAAUUUAGCAGCAAAUUAACGAUGGGUCAGCCGGAUCUGCGGCACCGUUAUAUAUGGAGGGUCUUCGUUGAGGAACAACUGAACC